AUGGCACCAAUAUUUGAAUCUAACUUUUCCAUACGCAGCAUACUCUCGAACGGUGAAGAUAUCAAGCAACCGAUGCAAACYGACAUAAGACCGAAUUAUACUUACGGAGCAUUGGUUACCAUGGCUAUACGCAACAGYCCCGAACAAAAACUCACACUGAGCGGCAUCCAACAAUGGAUCGCGGAUAAYUUUCCAUACUAUCGCAAGGAUCAACGUGGCUGGCAGUGCCAAAUUCGGCAUACACUCACWACGAAUUCAUGUUUCAUGAAGAUACCACGUCCACCCAGCGAUCCCGGACGUGGCAAUUAUUGGACCUUAAACCCUGAGGUUGAGUCGUUUAAGAAUACUACGGCACAUGGACAGGCACAACUCGGUGCAAAYAGUGCUGGCGGAUUCGAUUCAAAGCUAUCCGUCGAUCAGGCGAUGGCACAAGGCGUGCCACAUCCACAAAUACCAACGGCUCGUUACUUUCCGACGCCACAUGAAAUUGAGCGUACGCAACAAAUGAUGAUGACGCAGGCGCUGCAAGAGCAGCACGAGUGGUACUUGUAUCACCAGCGCCAAAAGCAAUUAGCGCAACAACAACUGAUGAAUCUACAGCAACACCAAUUUCAACAUCAGUGUGAGGAAAUCUAUAACAAGAUCUCAUUCCAUCAGCAGCAGUGCACAUUCUUGACGGCGCCCCUUUACCCGAAUUCGGGCCUGAAUUUCUAA